GAUGUCUCCCGAGCGGCGGCGGCGGCGGCGGCGGCGGCGCCGGGUCGAAGGCUGUCUCGUCUGCGAGGCCCCCGCGCUCAAGCUGCUUUCUCCCUCCGGUCGGCGGAGCGGACCCCUCGCUUCCUUCUUGCCUCUCCUUCUAGUGCGAGGCUCAGUCCACCCGUUGGACUGCAAACCGAGCCCCCGCCCGCCUUGCAGAUUUCCAUGAAGACACCUUCCGAGGAUCUGCAUGGCCUCAGUUUAGCCGCUUCGGUGUGCGGAGCUGUGGCUCGCUCCCCCUCCCGUGCCUGGUGUGACUGUGCCUGCUGAGCGCCAUGAAGGUCGUUCCAGAGAAGAAUGCUGUCCGGAUCCUUUGGGGGCGAGAACGGGGCACUCGGACCUUUGGGGCUCAGCGACUUCUGCAGGAGCUGGUUGAAGAUAAAACCCGGUGUAUGAAAUGGGAGGGCAAGAGAGUAGAACUGCCGGAUAGUCCACGCUCCACCUUUUUAUUGGCUUUCAGCCCAGACAGGACUCUCUUGGCUUCCACUCACGUAAACCAUAAUAUCUAUAUCACGGAAGUGAAGACGGGCAAGUGUGUUCACUCGCUGAUUGGACACCGCCGCACGCCAUGGUGUGUCACUUUUCAUCCCACCAUCUCAGGCCUCAUCGCUUCUGGCUGCUUAGAUGGGGAAGUUCGGAUCUGGGAUUUGCAUGGUGGCAGUGAGAGCUGGUUCACAGAUAGCAACAAUGCCAUUGCCUCCCUGGCUUUCCACCCCACGGCUCAGCUCCUGCUGAUUGCCACUGCCAAUGAGAUCCACUUCUGGGACUGGAGUCGCCGGGAACCGUUUGCCGUGGUGAAGACCGCUAGCGAGAUGGAACGGGUCCGUCUGGUGAGAUUUGAUCCCCUUGGACACUACUUACUCACAGCAAUUGUUAACCCCUCUAAUCAGCAGGGUGAUGACGACCCAGAGAUCCCCAUAGACGGAGCAGAACUGUCACACUACCGUCAGCGGGCCCUCCUGCAAUCUCAGCCAGUGCGCCGGACGCCUCUCCUCCACAAUUUCCUGCACAUGCUGUCCUCCCGCUCCUCUGGCAUCCAGACCGAGCCCUUCCAUGCCCCGGAGCAGGCCUCGUCAGCGCCGCACGACCCGGGCCUCCUGAGCCGGCCGUCUGCCUUCAGUACGGUCCAGAGCAGCACCGCCGGCAACACGCUCCGCAACCUCAGCCUGGGUCCCCCCCGGCGCUCCCUGGGAGGCCCUCUGUCUGGCCACCCUUCCAGGUACCACCGGGACAUAGCCCCCGGGCUGACGGGAUCCGAGUGGACCCGGACAGUGCUCAGUCUGAACUCUCGCUCCGAGUCGGAGUCCAUGCCCCCGCCCAGGACCAGCGCCUCUUCGGUGAGUCUGCUCUCUGUGCUGCGACAGCAGGAAGGUGGCUCGCAAGCCUCCGUGUACACUUCAGCCACAGAAGGGAGGGGUUUUCCAGCCUCGGGAUUGGCAGCUGAGUCAGAUGGAGGGAACGGCUCCAGCCAGAACAACCCGGGCAGCAUCCGCCAUGAGCUUCAGUGUGACCUGAGACGCUUCUUUCUGGAGUACGACCGGCUUCAGGAGCUGGACCAGAGCCUCAGUGGGGAAGCCCCCCAGGCCCAACAGGCCCAGGAAAUACUCAACAAUAACCUCGAAUCCGAGCGGCCAGGGCCGUCCCACCAGCCCACCCCGCACAGCAGCGAAAACAACUCCAGCCUGUCCCGGGGCCACCUGAACCGCUGCCGCGCGUGCCACAACCUGCUGACCUUCAACAACGACACCCUGCGCUGGGAAAGAAGCGCACCGAACUACUCCUCUGGCGAGGCCAGCUCCUCCUGGCAGGUCCCCGGUCCCUUUGAGGGCAUGGCUGCGAGCGGCAGCCAGCUGCCCCCGCUCGAGCGGACUGAGGGCCAGACGGCCAGCUCCAGCAGGCUGGAGUUGGGCAGCACUGCUAGCCCGCAGGAGGAGAGGACUGUGGGGGUGGCCUUCAACCAGGAGACGGGCCACUGGGAACGCAUUUACACCCAGGCCAGCCGAUCUGGAACUGUGUCACAGGAGGCCUUACAUCAGGAUCUGCCGGAGGAGAGCUCCGAGGAGGAUUCUCUCAGGAGGAGGCUGCUGGAGUCUUCCCUCAUUUCAUUAUCCCGUUAUGAUGGAGCAGGAUCCAGAGAGCACCCAAUUUACCCAGACCCAGCGAGGUUAUCUCCUGCUGCAUACUAUGCCCAGAGAAUGAUCCAGUACCUGUCCCGGAGAGACAGUAUCCGCCAGCGUUCCAUGCGCUACCAACAGAACCGCCUCCGUUCUUCCACCUCCUCCUCUUCCUCAGACAACCAGGGUCCAUCUGUGGAGGGAGCCGACUUGGAGUUUGAGGACUUUGAGGACAAUGGUGACAGAUCCCGGCACCGAGCUCCGCGCAACGCCCGGAUGUCUGCACCUUCGCUUGGACGCUUUGUCCCAAGGCGUUUCUUGCUGCCUGAGUAUUUGCCUUAUGCUGGGAUUUUUCAUGAACGUGGACAGCCUGGCUUGGCUACUCACUCUUCUGUUAACAGGGUCCUGGCAGGGGCAGUGAUUGGUGAUGGACAGUCUGCUGUGGCCAGUAACAUUGCCAAUACUACCUACCGGCUCCAGUGGUGGGACUUCACUAAGUUUGACCUCCCAGAAAUCAGUAAUGCCUCCGUGAAUGUGCUGGUGCAGAACUGCAAGAUCUACAAUGAUGCCAGCUGUGACAUUUCUGCAGAUGGCCAGCUCCUGGCAGCAUUCAUCCCUAGCAGUCAGAGGGGCUUUCCUGACGAAGGCAUCCUGGCAGUGUACUCCCUGGCGCCCCAUAACCUGGGCGAGAUGCUCUACACCAAGCGGUUUGGUCCCAAUGCCAUCUCGGUGAGCCUGUCCCCGAUGGGCCGGUACGUGAUGGUGGGCUUGGCCUCGCGGAGGAUCCUGCUGCACCCCUCCACGGAGCACAUGGUGGCCCAGGUCUUCCGGCUGCAGCAGGCACACGGGGGCGAGACCUCCAUGAGGAGAGUUUUCAACGUCCUUUACCCCAUGCCUGCUGACCAGCGGAGACAUGUCAGCAUCAAUUCUGCCCGGUGGCUGCCCGAGCCAGGGCUCGGCCUGGCCUACGGCACCAACAAAGGAGACCUGGUGAUCUGCCGACCGGAGGCCUCGAACUCUGGUGUUGAGUACUACUGGGACCAGCUGAAUGAGACGGUCUUCACUGUUCACUCCAGCAGCCAAAGCAGCGAGAGGCCUGGCACCAGCAGAGCCACGUGGAGGACAGACAGAGACAUGGGCCUGAUGAAUGCCAUCGGCCUGCAGCCCCGGAACCCCACCACGUCGGUGACGUCUCAGGGCACCCAGACUCUGGCCCUACAGCUGCAGAAUGCGGAGACCCAGACGGAGCGGGAGAUACAGGAGCCGGGGACGGCAGCUUCCGGUCCUGGUGAAGGGGAGGGCUCGGACUACGGGGCCAGCGGGGAAGACGCGCUCAGCAGGAUCCAGCGGCUGAUGGCUGAAGGGGGCAUGACGGCCGUGGUGCAGCGCGAGCAGAGCACCACCAUGGCCUCCAUGGGCGGCUUCGGCAACAACAUCAUCGUCAGCCACCGCAUUCACCGCAGCUCCCAGACAGGCGCUGAGCCGGGGGCCGCGCGCACGCCCUCGCCACAGCCCUCCACCUCUCGGGGAAUGCUCCCAGAAGCCGGGCAGCUGGCAGAGCGAGGCUUGAGCCCCCGGACAGCCUCCUGGGAACGGCCCGCUACCCCUGGGCGGGAGCCCGCCCUGCCCUCCUCCUCCACGGCCUCUCCUCCCGCCCCCCUCCCCAGCACCGAGGGACCAACCCCGCAGCGCUGUGACCUGAGCAACAACCACCGCCUUCCUGACGGCGGGGGCAGUGCCAGGGGGGAGGCCUCGGGCCCCAGCGGGGAGCCACGGAACAGGUAGAGACAGGCGUGCCCUGGUGCCUCCCCUUGAACCGCUGAGCAGAAACUGGACCUCACAGCUGACUGGGAACCGAGCGCGCGGAAGAGCCGUGGGCUGCGUCAGGGAACAGGAGCGCGAGGGUGGGGGUCAGGAGGGCGUCCAUCCGGGGCAGCAGGGAGUGAGGCGGUGCAAGGGGCCAGGUUUGCCUCCAGGGACUAGACUCUUCCAGGAUCUGGGGCCCAGGGGUGUCACAGACUGCUGUGCUCCUUGCGAGUGGAGGAGGAAGUCGGUGUCCCUGCCACGCACCCCCCCUCCUUCUCCUGGAACCAAGGCUCAAGGGACUCAGCCCUGGGCAGAGAGCCCCCGGGAGGGUGAACAGUCUUCCAGAUCUAGGCCCGACCGUCCUGGCCAGUGGCCAGUAGGGCAGCUUCUCCCUGUUCACCUGUCGUGCAGGCAGAGCCACCAGGAGCCCUAACGCAGGAGGAGCGGUCUGGCCCCCAGAAACCACCUCCAUCUCUGAGCCUUCCAGAGCUUCAGCCCCUUGAUCAUCUUCCCCCCACAGAGACCACAGUCAGGGGUCAGGCCCGGCUCCCGGACUCCUGAGCACGGGGACUUCUGCACUUAGAGUGGGGGCCAACCAUGGAGUGGGGGGACAGCCUGCUUGCCCGAGACGGGAUGGAGUCAAGGGACAGUGGGCAGGUCCUCACUCAGGAGUGGGGGGUGUAGGCUGGCCAGCCCCCAGGGCUUGUCCACCAAGCUCCUCCUUCCCCACCACCCCCAAGGCCCUCAGAGCAGCACCCGUGGGUGUCAAGUGUUAGCUGAGCCUAGGCCAAAGCCAGCCCAAGGCUGGGGGAGGGGUGAGACUCCGGGUCAGAAUGUGAGGUCUUGGUCUGUGAUUUAAGGUGUUGCAUGUGGAAUCUUGAACUGUACGUGUAGUUUCUAGUGGAGAAAUCAAGGCUCUGAUUAUUUUGUUUUUAGUAUGAAAAAUGUGAUUACUUUUCUGUUUGUAACUCAUCAUAGAAACAUUGUGGUGGGAGGAGAGGGGAUAGUCUGACUGCUAAUGAGGGAAACACCAAAGAUCUACAUCAUUAAAAUGAUGACAUGCCCCUCA